AUUUGGGUGGCGGGGAAUUGUCUUUCAUCUGGUAAGACUGAUGACGAAGUUGUUAUCACCUUCAGCACCACCAUGUCCAUGUCUAAGGGUUCCAAUUCCAAAUCCAACCGUAAAAUAUCGAUAUGCAUACAGUCACAGAGGGCAAUUGCGUGUUCGAUGCAGUGAUAAUAGUGAUGAAGAGAAGGAGAAGGAGAAGAAGAAGAAGAAGGAAAAGCGGUUGUCUCAGCAGUCGUCGUGGGAAGCCCAAGACGCUGAGGGAAGAGACUAUCUCUACCGACUUGGGAAAGAGGCUGAUAACAUGAACAUCGCCGUCGGCCAGCGUGCUGGCGUCAUCGAUUCUCUUUUCGCCGGCAAUUUUCUCGGCAAAGAUUCGGACAUUGUCUUUGAUUAUCGUCAAAAAGUGACGAGGUCCUUUCAAUACCUUCAGGGCGAUUAUUACAUCGCUCCUCUCUUCAUGGACAAAGUUGUAUGUCACAUUGUGAAGAACUACCUAGCUCGUGUCCUCAACACUAAAGUUCCUUUAAUUCUAGGUAUUUGGGGAGGAAAAGGGCAAGGGAAAUCAUUUCAAACAGAACUUAUAUUUCAGGCUAUGGGAAUUGAACCUGUAAUUAUGUCUGCUGGGGAACUAGAAUCAGAGAGAGCUGGAGAGCCAGGAAAAUUGAUUCGUGAACGCUAUAGAACAGCAUCUCAAGUGGUCCAGAAUCAAGGAAAAAUGAGCUGUUUGAUGAUCAAUGAUAUUGAUGCUGGCCUUGGUAGAUUUGGGAAUACUCAAAUGACAGUCAACAAUCAAAUUGUUGUUGGGACUCUUAUGAAUCUGUCAGACAAUCCUACAAGAGUAAGUGUUGGUCAAGAUUGGCGAGAAUCAGAUGUCACAAACAGAAUUCCAAUCAUUGUAACAGGGAACGAUUUUUCAACUCUUUACGCUCCACUGAUACGCGAUGGAAGGAUGGAUAAGUUUUACUGGCAACCUAACCAGGAAGAUAUCCUUAAUAUCGUUCACAGAAUGUAUGAGAAAGACAGUAUAUCUAGGGAUGAAGUUGAAAGGGUUGUGAACACUUUCCCUAAUCAAGCUUUGGACUUUUAUGGAGCUCUAAGAUCACGUACAUAUGACAGAUCUAUUUUAAAGUGGAUUGAUGAUAUUGGAGGUGUUGAAAAUUUUGGAAACAAACUUCUCAAGAGAAGAAAGGACCAAAGCCUUCCUGUAUUUAUUCCUCCAGAGCAAACGGUGGAUGCUUUACUUGAAUCGGGUUAUUCUCUAAUCAAAGAACAACGGUUGAUAAUGGAAACUAAACUUUCAAAGGAAUACAUGAAGAACAUAGAUGACUAAUAUAAAGAAUGUUGCCGUGGUGCAAGUCCUCAGGAAUUAUGAUUGGGCCAGUUUGGAAUCCGUGUAAAGUUGCUAUCGUGGAUACGGUCCACUUUCGAACAGGGUGCUUCUCUUUAGCAAUUUCCCAGUUUUUAUAAGAAUCGUUAUUUAUCAUGAUGUAACCCAUUUUUAAGAUAAGGAAUUGCAUGAAAUGUUAUCCAAAAACAGUGCAAUGUUUAACCUUACAUUGCUGAGCCGCUUGUUCGUGUAUCAUUGUAUCCUUAUAGUACCGUUAGUUCAAAGGUGAUGUAAUCAUUCUUAUAAUUUAGCCUGCUGGUGCUUUAUAGUAUUCAAAUCCAAGUAUUAGUAUAGGAAACAAACCACAAAAGGCCAUUAGUAUCAAUAAGUAACAGAAUUGGCAACGAAGUUACCUGGAAUAGUCAACCCUACCAACAUCCUGGAUGAUUCAUUUCAGUCUUGAAUAUGCUUUUGUUUGCCCAAAUAAUUAAUAAACUCUGAUUGAUUUUCUUCA